AUGGGCGACUCGAUCAUCAAUUUUGAUUUGGACGUUUUUCUUGAAGUCAAUUGUAUCUUAACUAAUUUGCCUCAUGUUUUAUCAUUUGAUCCAGUUGCAUGUGUGCCAGCAUGCCCCGACGAACUCCGUCCUUAUGUUGGUAAGAAAUUCCAUUCAUUAGAUGAGGGUAUUGCCUUUUAUGAAGGUUAUGGGCGGGAAACUGGUUUCGAUGUGCGUAAAUGUGGAAUCAAAUCUACUAGAGAUGUUGUUACGUGGCAAUACCUUGUUUGUAAUAGGGAGGGAUUGAAGGUGGGGAUUGAAAUGGACAAGAUGCAUGCACAAGAGGGUUUUAUAACCAAGCGUAGACGCACAUCCAAAAGGUGUGAAUGUAGGGGUCGGAUGUCACUCAAGAAUGUCUCUGAGGUUGGGUUUGUGGGAUUGGGUGAAGUACAUAUGCGAUUCAUAUGGGGCUGCACGAAAGCCAAUAUUGGACCCACGAUGACAUUCAAAUUCUUGAAUGAGUUCUUGGGCGGCUAUGACACUGUGGGGCUCACUGUGGCAGAACUUAGGAAUUAUGUCCAUGGUCUCAAAACUUAUGUCGAAGGUUCUGAUGCACAAAUGUUGUUAGAUGAAACGGCAAGGAAAAAUAAGUCAUAUCCUGAUUUCACAUAUCACUAUCAGCUUGGGUCUUCAAAUGAGUUGAAAUCGUUUUUCUGGUGCGACGCAGUAUCUAAGAGGAAUUAUCAACUGUAUGGUGACGUUGUCUCCUUUGACUCCACAUACAAUACAAAUAGAUAUUGCAUGAUAUUAUCUCCGUUCACGGGCAAGGACAAUCAUGGAAAGCCGGUGACAUUUGGGGCUGCACUGUUAUCCAAUGAGAGCACAGAAUUUUAUUCAUGGCUCUUCAAGCAAUUUGUGGAAUCCAUGGGUCAAGCUCCUAUGAUGAUCGUUACUGACCAAGACCGAGUUCCAAGAAGAUCUCUAGAAAAUGAAGAGUUGAAAAAAGAGAUCAUUACUUGUGUGUGGUCUGAGGUACUAGAGCCGGCUGAUUUUGAAGCUGCAUUGAUGGGUAUAAUGGAGCGCUAUGAACUUCUAGAUGUCGAGUGGUUUGUAACCAUGUUCGACAAUAGAAAGAUGUGGGUCCCUGCCUAUUUUAGAGACUUUGUAGGGAAAGUAUGA